UUAAUAACAUGGUUAGUCUUGUUGAGAACUCCGAACGAUGAGCAUCUUCAUUCUAUUUAUUUAAAUAUUUCAAUUUUUUCGGAAAUUUUCAAGCAUGUUCGUGCUUCCACUUCAUAUAAUAGUUGGUUUGAUUGCGUUAAUCGGUAUAACGGGUGCGCGAAUACACGAUCGUUGUGAUUUCGCAAGGACUUUACGUUACAAACAUAAGCUAUCGCUGUCGGAAAUCAAUGUAUGGGCUUGUAUAGCACAAUAUCAAUCAGGAUUCGAUAGUGAAGCCAUCGGCUACGACAGUGAUGGUACUGGAUACUAUGGAAUGUUUCAAAUCAGUGACCGUUACUGGUGUAACUCAUCUAAAGAACAAAAAAAUGGUUGUGAAAUUUCAUGCACUCAGUUACUCGACGACGAUUUGGCUGAUGAUUUCGUAUGUAUCAAGAAUAUAUUCAACGAACACCAGCGAAUUUCUGGGAAUGGAUAUAAUGCUUGGACCUCGUACAAAAACACAUGCCAGUAUGUUUAUGACGGGCUAUUUACUGACGAUUGUUUUGUCGGCGAUAUUGACUACAUUCCGAGUAGCACACCAACUGCGAAAAAAGCGAUUGCGACUAAACAGAAUCGAAUUUACGAUCGGUGUGAGUUAGCUCGCGAAUUGUGGUAUGUCCAUCAACUACCGUCAGAUCAAAUCGCUACUUGGGUAUGCAUUGCAAAGCAUGAAUCAAAUUAUAACACCUCGGCAAUUGGAUACGGCGAUCAUGGACUCUUUCAAAUCAGUGAUAUUUAUUGGUGUUCGCCGCCCGGUAGAGGUUGGGUGUGUGGAAUAUCAUGUGCAAAACUUGAGGACUCUGAUAUAAGUGACGAUGUUGCAUGUAUGAAGAAAAUAUACAACGAACACGAACGGCUUUCGGGAGAUGGCUUCAAUGCAUGGUCCGUAUACAGGCCCUAUUGCAAAGGUCGAUCAGAACAAUAUAUCGAAGGCUGUUUUGAUUAUAGUGAUUUGAAUUCGGUUGAUCCAUAUUCGUACGAUGCUGAGUUGAAAUCGGGAGCAACAUCUAGUCAUGAAGUUAAAUCUUAUCCGGAAGAAACGAAGAUAUUUGAACGUUGUGAGCUUGCAAUAGAAUUGCAUCAGAAACAUAAAAUUCCAAUAGAACUUGUACCAACAUACGUUUGUAUUGCAUAUCAUGAAUCGAAGUACAAUACAUCAGCAGUAGGUCAUUUGAACAUCGAUGGGAGUGGUGACCAUGGAAUCUUUCAAAUUAGUGAUAUUUACUGGUGCUCUCCGCCGGGUAUGGGUCGUGCUUGUGGACUUUCGUGUGCGAAAUUGGAGGAUUCUGACAUAACUGAUGAUGUAAAAUGCAUGAAAAAAAUAUACGAUGAACAUGAGCAGCUUUCUGGAGAUGGUUUUAACGCAUGGUCUGUCUAUGUUCCCUAUUGUAAAGGCCAAUCUGAUGCAUUCGUAGAUGGUUGUUUUAAUGAAGUCAGUAAUUCACUAGCAGUUUUAAACCAUAGACCAGCUGUGACUGCUCCAAGUUUUUUUCAUAAAGAUCCCGAGCACUCAUCAAAAUUGCAUAGCCCAGAGAUUAGUGAGGCUCAUGAGAAUAUCAUCAAUUCUGAAACUACAAAGGCAAGUGAUAAGCCGAGUACACUUACAACUCACUCAACUUCAACACAACCGACUAAUUCAACACAACCGACAACCAGUACAGGUGCGCCUAAGUUGCUGUAUAAUACAGAAACAAACGCUUUUACAUCAAAAGUGUAUACUACGACUCCAACAACCGUGCGAGCACCAACAACUGUACGAGCUCCAACAACUGUACGAGCUCCAACAACUGUACGAGCUCCAACAACUGUACGAGCUCCAACAACUGUACGAGCUCCAACAACUGUACGAGCUCCAAUAACUGUACGAGCUCCAACAACUGUACGAGCUCCAACAGUUUCGAAUCAAUUCGUACCAAAAUCAUCAAUUACCACAGAAGCGACACAUCGUUCGACGUCGACCAUACUUAGUGAACGCGAAAGAGUUCAAAGCUUAUUCGAUAUUUAUUUCAAUGGAUUCCGAACACGUCCACCAACUACUUUGAAAAGUUUGAUUACAACAACAAAACGUCCACUUAGCUCGUCAUCCACAAAAACGCCAUACAUCUCUAGCUCCUUUGUUCCUAUUAAAUCAAUUAAGCGGAAAUCAGAAGAACCUUCUGUUGCCACUAAUAAAAUAUCUUCAUCGAGCUCACUGACAUCGACAACGAAAUCACAAUUCGAAACAGUUGAAAAGAAUAAAUUUACUACUAAGCCAUCAUCUACACAACCUGACGUCUACAUUUCUUCAAUUGAAGCAACAUCAAUUAGUCCAUUUAUACGGCAAUCUACAACAGCUGCAGUUAAUUCUAAUAUAACAUAUCAAUCAAUCUUUGGUCAAAGGCCAAGCUCAACAACAUUACAGUCUCUUCCUGCAUAUUACAGCAACCGUUUAACAACGACAACAACGAAAUCACCAUCAAUCAAUCAAUCCAUUAACACUCACGAUAAUUCUGUAUCGAUGUUCAACAACAGAAUUACAAGAGCUCCAUCAUCGUUAACAUCAAACAGAAAUUUAACAUCUUCAGAACAUAUACAAUACCAUCGAACAUCAACAACAUCAACAACAACAAAGACUCCAUUCGAUAGACUCUUUGAUCUUUUCGUUCAUUGAAAUCGAAAGUGUUCAGACGAGAAAAAAAAUGUGCAAGAUGCUUGGCUAGAUAUUAUGACUAGAUUUUAUUUAUGUGAAUUAUAAUAAACGGGUUAAAAAUUCUAACAGCAAAUAUUUCCAUAAAAUCGUUUUCAUCACUUAGGAGACAGAAUUUACGUUCACAUGAUGUCAUUUUACCAUGAUCGUAAAUACCCAAUGUUUUAAUCUGAAAACACACGAGCAACUGAAAUUGUCGAUCGUAGCAAUUUUCAUACAAAUUUUCUGUA